AUGGUUUUCAACACUCAAGUAAGUCACAAAUUGAUUAAUGUGUGUUGCUACUUGUCUGCUUCUAAUGCUUCUGAUAAGCGUCUGAUGCUAUCAGAGCCUUUUGUUGCUAUCUGGUUUGGUUCCUUGCUCGUUUCACUGGUGUCCGCGCUUCAAUUAGAGAUAGAUCGAAGUUGGAUAUCAAAUUCAAAACCGGAGGACCCACAAUAUGAAGCUGGAAUAAGGGAUUUCGUCAAUUUUGCGGUUCAGAAUGCCGGAGAUCGUUCUAGGUUACCAUGCCCUUGUUUCAAAUGCCAUAAUUUUUUGUAUAGACGGAUAGAUGAAAUUCUCGGUCAUUUGAGCAAGAAUGCUUUUGAUAGAACAUAUACCCGUUGGAUUUGGCAUGGGGAAAACUAUGAAGGAACUCAUACAAGUGAUUAUGGGAACGAUGUUCAUGAUGUUAAUGACAACCCUAAUGUUAAUGAGGGUGAUAAGUUAGGAGACAUGAUACGUGCAGCUCAAGAUAAGUUCGCUGGAAAUCCUGCCACAUUUGAGGGGGUGUUAAAAGAUUCUGAAACACCGUUAUAUCCAGGUUGUAGUAAGUAUACAAGAUUAUCUAGUAUACUUAGUUUAUAUAAUGUGAAGGCAGGUCAUGGUUUAACUAAUCAAUGUUUUGAUGAAGUACUUGAAGUUUUCAAAGACAUGCUUCCUGAUGAUAAUGUCUUUGCAAGUGGUGCAUAUGAGGCUAAAAAGAUAUUGAUCCCGAUGGGGUUGCCAUACGAGAAAAUUCAUGCUUGUCCUAAAGAUUGCAUACUCUAUCGAAAUGAGCGUGAAUCAUUAAUGAAUUACCCAGUAUGCAAUUCCUCGCGAUACAAGGAGAAGGAAGGAGUGCCAACUAAGGUUUUGUGGUAUUUUCCUAUAGUUCCGAAAUUUAAACGUCUUUUUUCGAAUGCGGAUGAUGCACAAAAGUUGACAUGCCAGUUUUAUGGACGGAACACAGAUGGCUUACUAAGACACCCAGCUGACUCCCCGCAGUGGAGGUUUAUUGAUGGAAAAUACCCCGAGUUUCGUAAAGAAAAACGGAACCUACGCCUUGCACUUUCAACUGAUGGUAUGAAUCCAUUUGGAUCUCUUAGUAGCAUGCAUAGUACUUAG